GCAGACUGGAGAGAGACCGUGAAGUUCUUCUGCUGAGAUCAUUCAAGCUAUCAUGAGUUCCAGAUCAACUCUGAUUCAUCAAGGUCCUCCAAAACGAUACCGUCUACAUACAGAGAGGAAAAUACUUGAUGAUAAUGGGAAAGUCAGAAAAUGGACUUAUGGUACAAAAGACGCCAGUAAACAAAACAAAAUCCUUCUGCUGGUGGGAGAGACUGGUGCUGGAAAGACGACCCUCAUCAACUCUUUAGUGAACUACAUACUGGGAGUGAAGUUUGAAGAUGAAACAUGGAAUGAAAUCACAGAAGAAGAAGGUGGAGAUCAAACAGAAUCCCAAACCUCUGAAAUCACCAUGUAUGAGGUCUUUCCUGUGAAGAGCUCCAUUUCUCUCACCAUCAUUGAUACUCCAGGUUACGGAGACACUAGAGGACUGGAGAAAGAUCUGGAAGUUGCUGAAAAUUUAGCUUCUUUGUUUCAGAGCAAUGAUGGAGUUCGAGAAGUCGAUGCUGUGUGUUUUGUGAUUCAAGCAACUAAUAAUCGUCUCUCAGACAGACAACACUACAUUAUCAGCUCAGUUCUGUCUCUGUUUGGGAAAGACAUUGUGAACAACAUUGUGUUUUUAAUCACACACUCUGAUGGUCUUCCUCCUAAAAAUGUUCUUGGUGCCAUUAAUAAAGCUAAAAUCCCCUGCAGACGAGACAGAAAGGGCCAACCUGUGUAUUUCUUGUUUAACAAUCGUCAGGCUGAAGCUCGACAUAAUGAGAAACGCUACAUUCAUUCUCAAAGAGACGCCUGGGAUAACAGUUUGGAAGGGACAAAGCAUUUGCUUCAGUCUCUGGAUGAAAUAAAAAGAUGUAGUUUAGAGUUGACUUCAGAUGUCCUGAAAGAGCGGAUUCAGCUAGAAGCUUCCAUCAGCAACUUACGACUGAGAGUCCAAGAGAAAGAGUCGAAGAAAUCUGAAAAACUUCAGAUUCAGGAGGCAAUGAGAAAAAACAAGGAUAAGAUUGAAAGACAUACAAACUUUAGCAUUAGAGUCAAAAAGACUGUCAAAGAAAAGGUUCCCAUAGUAAGUGCAUCAUGGAAGAACAGGAAAGCAACGACCUGCAACGUCUGUGAGGAAAACUGCCAUGAGUUUGACUGCUGGUGGGUUUCUGGUCCCAAGAAUUGUGAAGUCAUGAAAAGCGACUACUGCACUGUGUGCACAGGGAAGUGCCACUACAGCAAACACGUCAAAGAGAACAAGAAAUAUGUUAUUAGCACUUCAGACAUUGUGAUGGAGUUUGAUGAUUUAAAAAAGGAUUAUGAAAAUCCUCAAAAUAAGAGGUUAUCAGUUACAGUGGAGGAUAUUGACCAAGAUCUGAAGGUGAUUGAAGAUCAAAAGUACAUGAUUGUGUUCAAUGCUUGCAAGACCAUCAAGCAUCUGUCUCAGGUGGCUCUAAAACCAGACUCCACCUUCACUCUCCAGCAUCUGGACUUCUUCAUCCCCAGAGUGAGGGAGGCUGGGAAAGAAGACUGGGCUUGAGAACUGGAGGAGAUGAGGAGACAAGCAGUAGCUGAAGAAUCCAAUAAAGGUUUUCUUAAUUACUUGAAAGCUGGACUCAGAAAACUCUGGUGAGAAAUGAACAAACGCACAGAAGAUGAAAUGAAUCAAUGAAGAUCACUGUUUAACAUGGGAAAAUGGUGCAGGGGCUGAUUUAUAUAAAUGGAAUUACAAAAUUUCUUCUAUUCAGAUUAUCAAUCAGUUUAAGUGUUCAUUAAAAGGCAAGCCACUUCAGUCUCAUCUGUUAGCUUAUGACCUUUCAUAAUAAACCACUGUCUACAACACUGCAGGUUACUAGAUAGUUGCAUAUUGAUGUGUAUUCUCUAGUGUUUAUCCUGGUUAAAUGUAUCCGAUUCUGCAUUCUGUUAGUG